AUUGGUUUAUAAGCUCGCACUGAGACUAUGUGGAGAGUAGUGAUGUCGGAGGAGGUUGGGAAGAAACUGCAGGCGGUGGUGGACCGGGUAAAUCAAGCGGUUACCCGUCGCCCGAAGACGUUGCCAUGUAUAGCCCCUCGGCUGGUGGCGGUCAGUAAGACUAAACCUACAGAGAUGGUGGUGGAAGCUUACAAACACGGACAACGAAACUUUGGAGAGAACUAUGUGAAUGAACUUGUGGAGAAAGCCUCUCAUCCCCAGAUUUUGUCUUCAUGUCCUGAAAUAAAAUGGCAUUUCAUUGGUCACCUACAAAAGAAUAAUGUCAAUAAACUAUUGGGUGUUCCAAACCUGUAUAUGGUUGAAACAAUCGACUCAGUGAAACUGGCUGAAAAAGUAAACAGCUCGUGGCAAAAGUUGAGAGCCGACAACACGCACCGGUUAAAGAUUAUGGUUCAGAUCAACACCAGUGGAGAAGAAAGUAAACACGGCUUGCCACCUGAUGAGACUGUAAACACAGUGAAACACAUCGGAUCUCGGUGUCCUGCUCUUGACUUUGCUGGACUCAUGACGAUUGGCCGGUACGGUUAUGACCUCAGUGAAGGCCCCAACCCUGACUUCCAGAUGCUGCUGAAACGUCGUGAUGAAGUUUGUGAGAGUCUGAAGAUCCCAGUAGACCAGGUUGAGCUCAGUAUGGGCAUGUCCACUGACUUUGAACAUGCGAUUGAAGUGGGCUCCACCAACAUACGUGUCGGUAGCACUAUUUUCGGGACCCGAGAAUACCCAAACACUCCAAGUCCCAGUCCCGAGAAAAAGCCAAAGGUCGUAUGUGAGGAAGCAGCUAAAAAAAUGAACAGACUCACCAUCAAAGAGCAAUGAAUAAUGGAAAAAGGUUACUGAUAUUCAUCUUAGCUUUUAUACUGGACCUCUUGUGCAAUUCUCCCAAAUGACUGGGCCCACCAUUCACCAGUCAAGAGCCUUUGAGUCUUAACACUAUUGCUGCUGACCUGGUCUUCUGAGCUGAAAAAACUAGAAAGAUUUAUGGAAAGUCAAAUGUAAUAACUGGAAUACUAAAUUUACUUCCUGAAGGUGUUUUUUUUUUUAUUAUGGAAAGAUCUCCUUAAGUGUCCUCCACAACGUGUAGAUAUCUGGUAAAACCUCAAACAUACUUUCAAAUUUUAUUUUAGACAGAUACAGGGUCAGUUGAUGCUGUUUUGUUGUGCCAGUUGUAGUUUGCUUUGUGUUUAAUUAAUGUGAGGUAUCAUUUCAGUAAUUUGAGGUUAAAUGUUAUAAAUAAUAACCCAUUUUACAUCUAAUUAAAUUAACAAAUGUUUUACUUUUGUUCCUAGAAGUGUGUAGGUAUAUUUUAGUGUCUGUGUAUAGUUUUGUUUGUUCAGUUUGUGUAUGGUAACUCCCUCUCAGAAAGUUUGUGACAUCAUAAUUGUAAAUGACAUAAAUAGUACACUUAUAGUAUUGUUUAAUUAUCCACUUCUUGCUGUGAAAGAUAAGCCAUAUCUGGACUGAUGCGUGUGUGAUGUGUUUCUGUAAUUCAUAUAGUAUUCUCCAUAUCACUCUUAACACGUGUUGAAACUGAGCACUGAUCAACAGCCGCAUUGGUUUUAAUAUAUGGAACAGGAUAUAAAUAUCUACAAUGAGCCGAAGUGAUAAAACUGCAGAGAGAAACAUUUUUUUAUUGAGUCUUGGAAAAACUGAGCAUCUGAGGCCUUUUACUAUGCAAGGAGAGCGAUUGUAGGAUGCUUGUUCAGGAGUAAUUAAAUUUUAAUUUGUCUUUAAUUUGAUUAAUGCAGUGCUGUGUCAGACUUAAGGUUAUUAUUUGCAAUCACUUUAUCAUUUGUGGUCAAUUGUGAAGGCAAAGCAGAAAUUAUCAUCCUUUUUUUCAUUCAUAUGUUUUGUCAAAUAACAACAUAGUAGUAUCUUG